GGGAGUGUGUUAAAAGAUGGCUCACAAUUUUGGAUAUCGCAUCACCAACUACGUUCCAUUCAUUUGAAGGAUAUAUUGGCCAGAAGUUCAGAGAAAUCCCGGCGUCGGGAAGGGGGCUGCGAGUUUGAAGCCGUCGCUGCGACGCGUCGCGGCCGCCCGCUUCCUAGACAGCUGGCUGGCUAACGUUAGCUAGCUGUAUUUGCUUUCCCUGCUGCUUGUGCUAUUUAUUUGUAAAUAUUAUUCCCGUUAAAAUGGCCACCAUGGAGAAACUGAUGAAGGCCUUCGAGUCGCUCAAGUCUUUCCAGCAACAGCAGGGGUUACCGCUGGCAGAGGAGCUGGUGCAGAAACAGAAGAAAGACCCUGCCACCACCAAAAAGGACAGAGUCACCCACUGUCUGACAAUAUGUGAAAACAUUGUGGCCCAGUCUUUGAGGACGUCCCCAGAGUUUCAGAAACUGCUGGGCAUCGCCAUGGAGAUGUUCCUGCUGUGCAGCGACGACGGAGAGUCCGACGUCAGGAUGGUGGCCGACGAGUGCCUGAACAAGAUCAUUAAAGCUCUGAUGGACUCCAACCUUCCCAGGCUGCAGCUGGAGCUCUACAAAGAGAUAAAAAAGAAUGGUGCUUCCCGGAGCCUCCGAGCUGCCCUGUGGAGAUUCGCUGAGCUCUCUCACCUGGUGCGCCCGCAGAAAUGCAGGCCCUACCUGGUGAAUCUGCUCCCGUGUCUGACGCGCAUCAGCAGGAGGCCUGAGGAGAGCGUUCAGGAGACGCUGGCGGCGGCCGUCCCCAAGAUCAUGGCCCCGUUCGGCCACUUCGCCAACGACGGCGAGAUCAAGGUGCUGCUGAAGGCGUUCGUGUCGAACCUGAAGUCGAGCUCGCCCACCAUCCGCCGCACGGCGGCCAGCUCUGCGGUCAGCGUGUGCCAGCACUCCCGCCGGGGGCAGUACUUCUACACCUGGCUGCUGAACGUGCUGCUGGGGCUGCUGGUCCCGGUGGACGAUGAGGCCCCCAGCCCUCUGGUCCUGGGGGUGCUGCUGACGCUGCGGUACCUGAUGCCCCUCCUGCAGCAGCAGGUCAGAGACUCCGGCCUCAAGGGCAGCUUUGGAGUGACCCGCAAAGAGACUGACAUCGCCCCCACGCCCGAGCAACUGACGCAGGUGUACGAGCUGACCCUGCACCACACGCAGCACCGGGACCAUAACGUGGUGACUGCAGCCCUGGAGCUGCUGCAGCAGACCCUGCGCACGCCCCCUCCCGACCUGCUGCAGGCACUCAGCACGCCCGGGGGCAUGGCCCGGCCCAGCGCCGCUCAGCCCGAGAGGGACCGGGAGGGACCCCGCCCCCGCAGCGGCAGCAUCCUGGAGCUCAUCGCUGGUGGGGGUACUUCCUGCAGCCCACUGAUCCACCGCAAACAGAAAGGGAAGCUGCUCUCGGGGGAGGAGGAGGGCCUGGACGAUGACCUGGAUGGGAGGUCAGAGGUCAGCUCUGGGACCUUCACAGCCUCGGGGACCAGCGAGGGCGCCAGUGAGUCGUCGGCGCUGGACGCCUCGGCGGGCCAUGACAUCAUCACCGAGCAGCCGCGGUCGUCCCAGCGUGCCCUGCAGCCGGGCGAGUCCGUGGACCGCAGCACGUCCUCGGGGCAGGGCGGCGAGGAGGAUGAUGAGGAGGAGGAGGAGGAGGGGGUGGGCGGGGAGGAAGAGCAGGACAUGCUGAGCGGAGACUCCAGCCACGUCAGCGCCGGGGGGGCGUGCGACACCAACCACCAGGCUCUCUCUCCCGCCAGCGACAGCUCGGCCACCACCACCGAGGGGCCCGAUUCGGCCGCCACGCCCUCCGACUGCCCCGAGCUCGUAAGUCCGCCCCGGCGCCCCCCGCGGGCCCCGCCCUCCCCCUGCUCCACCGAGGGGCCGGACGCCUCGCCCUGCUCCGACUUCGGCUCCUCCGUCACCCCUUCUUCUUCUUCUUCGUCGUACUCCGCCGCGUCCUUCGCUAGCGGGAGCGACAAGGUCCUGGACGGCAGUGAUAGCCAGUACUCCGGGAUGCAGAUCGGAACGCUGCAGGAUGAGGAAGAGGAGGAGAACAGCUCUGUCCCUGAGGAGGCCCUGGAUCCCUUCUCCCAGCCCAGCCUGGCCCUGAGGAAGCCCCACCUGCUGGAGGGAUUGGGGCACUGCAGGCAGGGCUCAGACAGCAGUGUGGACAGAUUCAUCACGAAGGACGAGGUGCUGGAGCCGGCCGAGCCCGAGAACAAGCCGUCCAGGAUAAAGGGCGAGAUCGGACACUACACCGACUGCCACGCCGAGCCGCUGGUCCACUGCCUGCGCCUCCUCUCCGCCUCCUUCCUCCUCACCGGAGAGAAGAACGGUCUGGUCCCCGAUAAGGAGGUGCGUGUGAGCGUGAAGGCUCUGGCGGUGAGCUGUGUGGGGGGGGCCGCAGCCCUGCACCCCGAGGCCUUCUUCAACAGCCUCUACAGGGGGCCCCUGGAGGGCCAGCUGCCCCAGGAGCAGCAGUACGUGACGGACGUUCUGCACUACAUCGAGCACGGGGACCCGCAGGUCCGAGGGGCCACGGCGGUCCUGUGUGGGGCCAUAAUCUGCUCCGUCCUCCACAAGACCCGCUUCAGCGCCGAGCCCUGGCUCGCCCAGGUCCAGAGCUUCACAGGGAACCCCGUCACCCCACUGGACUUAGUGCCUCUGCUGCAGAGGGCACUGAGAGACGAGUCAUCCGUCACCUGCAAGAUGGCCUGUGGAUCUGUGAGGCACUGUCUCAUGGCCCUGUGUAGCAGCAGCAGUAGCUUCAGUGAGCAGGGCCUGCAGCUGGUCACUGACCUCCUGACCCUCAGGCACUGCUCCUAUUGGCUGGUGAGGAACGAGCUGCUGGAGACGCUGGGGGACUUGGAUUUUCGGCUAGUCAGCUUCCUGGAGAGGAAAACGCAACAUUUGCACAAGGGGGCGCACCACUACACCGGGCUGCUGAAGCUCCAGGAGCGUGUGUUGAAUGAGGUGGUGAUUCCCCUGCUGGGUGACGAGGACCCGCGUGUACGCCACGUCGCCGCCGCCACCGUCAGCAGGCUCGUCACCAGGCUGUUCUACGACUGUGACCAGGGCCAGGCCGACCCCGUGGUUUCCAUAGCGAGGGAUCACAGCAGCGUCUACCUGCAGCUGCUGAUGCACGAGACCCUGCCCCCCUCCCACUUCACCGUCAGCACGGUCACCAGGAUGUACAGAGGUUACAGCCUGUCACCCAACACGUCAGACAUCACCAUCGAGAACAACCUGUCCAGGGUGAUCACAGCCGUGUCCCACGCCCUGACCUCCUCUACCUCCCGAGCUCUGACUUUUGGCUGCUGUGAAGCCCUUUGCCUCCUGUCCUCCACCUUCCCAGUGUGCACCUGGAGCUUGGGCUGGCACUGUGGGUAUGUCACCUCAGCCGGCCAGCCCGCCCGGUCCAGCCUGUAUAAGAACCAGAAGCGUGCGUUCAGCCUCCCCGUGCCGGCCCCGGGGGAUGAUGGGAAGAGGGCGUGUAUGGUUGGGAUGGCGAACAUCGUGCUGUCACUGCUCUCGUCCGCCUGGUUCCCCCUGGACCUGUCCGCUCACCAGGACGCCCUGCUACUGGCUGGCAACCUGCUCGCAGCCGUGGCCCCCAAGUCCAUGCGGAACCCCUGGAGUGGGGAGGAGGAGCCGGGCUCGGGGCCCCCCAGGCAGGAGGAGGUGUGGGGGGCCCUGGGGGACCGGGCCCUGGUGCCCAUGGUGGAGCAGCUGUUCUCCCACCUGCUGAAGAUCCUCAACAUCUGCGCCCACGUGCUGGACGAGGUGCCCCCCGGCCCCGCUGUCAAGGCCUCCCUCCCGUCCCUCGCCAACACCCCCUCCCUCAGCCCCAUCCGCCGGAAGGGCAAGGAGAGGGAGGCGGCCGAACCCGGCUCCGCCCCCAUGAGCCCCAAGAAGAGCGGCGACAUCAACAUGGCCUCCAGACCGCUGGAGAUCUCGGGGUCGACGGCCGUCAACAAGUCCACCACGCUGGGCAGCUUCUACCACCUGCCCCCCUACCUGAAGCUGUAUGACGUGCUGAAGGCCACGCACGCCAACUACAAGGUAACGCUGGACCUUCACCACCCCAGCGAGAAGCUCGGGGCCUUUCUGAGGUCAGCCCUGGACGUUCUCUCACAGCUGCUGGAGCUGGCGACGCUCCACGACAUCGGAAAGUGUGUGGAGGAGAUCCUGGGGUACCUGAAGGCCUGUUUCUCCAGAGAGCCCACCAUGGCCACCGUGUGUGUGCAGCAGCUGCUGAAGACCCUGUUUGGGACCAACCUGGCGUCGCAGUUUGAGGGGGGCGGGUCGAACCCCAGUAAGGCCCAGGGGAAGGCCCUGCGGCUGGGCUCCUCCAGCCUGCGGCCCGGGCUCUACCACUACUGCUUCAUGGCCCCCUACACACACUUCACCCAGGCACUCGCCGACGCCAGCCUGAGGAACAUGGUGCAGGCUGAGCAGGAGCAGGACACCUCAGGGUGGUUUGACGUGAUGCAGAAGGCUCCCCACCAGCUGAGGUCCAGCAUCGCCAACAUCGGCCGUAACCGUGGAGACAAGAACGCCAUCCACAACCACAUCCGUCUGUUUGAGCCGCUGGUGAUCAAGGCGCUGAAGCAGUACACCACCACCACCUCCGUCCUGAUGCAGCGGCAGGUCCUGGACCUCCUGGCCCAGCUGGUGCAGCUCCGCGUCAACUACUGCCUGCUGGACUCGGACCAGGUCUUCAUUGGCUUCGUGCUGAAGCAGUUUGAGUACAUAGAAGUCGGACAGUUCAGGGAUUCGGAGGCCAUCGUUCCCAACAUCUUCUUCUUCCUGGUGCUGCUCUCCUACGAGCGCUACCACUCCAAGCAGAUCAUCAGCAUUCCCAAGAUCAUCCAGCUGUGCGACGGGAUCAUGGCCAGUGGGCGGAAGGCUGUCACGCACGCCAUCCCGGCGCUGCAGCCCAUCGUGCACGACCUGUUCGUGCUGCGCGGCUCCAACAAGGCCGACGCCGGCCGGGAGCUGGAGACCCAGAAGGAGGUGGUGGUGUCCAUGCUGCUGCGCCUCAUCCAGCACCACCAGGUGCUGCAGAUGUUCAUCCUGGUGCUGCAGCAGUGCCACAAGGAGAACGAGGACAAGUGGAAGAGACUGUCCCGCCAGAUCGCCGACAUCAUCCUGCCCAUGAUCGCCAAGCAACAGAUGCUCCUGGACUCCCACGAGGCCCUGGGGGUGCUGAACUCUCUGUUGGAGACGGUGGCCCCCUCCUCGCUGAGGCCUGUCGACAUGCUGCUGAAGAGCAUGUUCGUGACCCCCAGCACCAUGGCCUCCGUGGGCACGGUGCAGCUCUGGGUGUCGGGGAUCCUGGCCGUGCUGAGGGUGCUGGUGUCCCAGUCCACUGAAGACAUCGUGCUGUCCCGCGUGCACGAGCUCUCCCUGUCCCCCUCCCUCCUCUCCUGCUCCAUCGUCCGCUGUCUCCGUGCCGACAGCCUCCCCUCCCCGCCGUCCUGCGAGGGGGGGGGCGAGGGGGGCGACGGGGAGCCCCAGAAGUGCCCCCCCGAGGAGACACUGGCCAGGUUCCUGCUGCAGCUGGUUGGCGUCCUAUUGGAGGAGAUCUCCAGUAAGCAGGUGAAGGUGGACAUGAGCGAGCAGCAGCACACCUUCUACUGGCAGCAGCUGGGCACCCUACUCAUGUGCCUCAUCCACAUCUUCAAAUCCGGCAUGUUCCGACGGAUCACUGCAGCAGCCACUAAACUCCUGAAGGGGGAGGGGGGGGAGGGGGCGGAGGCGGGGGAGGGCAGCUUCUACAGCCUGGAGGACCUGAACAGCCUGGUGCAGGCACUCAUCUCCACUCACCCCUCCCUGGUCCUGCUCUGGUGCCAGAUCCUCCUCAUCAUCCACUACACCAACUACAGCUGGUGGGCCGAGGUGCACCAGACCCCCAGACGGCACAGCCUCUCCAGCACCAAGCUCCUGAGCCCGCAGGCUCCAGGGGACGGGCCAGAGGAGCGGCCUGAGGCCAGACCCUCCAUGUGCAACCGAGAGAUCGUGCGCCGAGGCUCCCUCAUCCUCUUCUGCGACUACGUGUGCCAGAACCUGCAUGACUCGGAGCACCUGACCUGGCUGAUCGUGAACCACGUGGAGGACCUGAUCACGCUAUCCCAUGAGCCUCCGGUGCAGGACUUCAUCAGCGCCGUCCACCGCAACUCCGCGGCCAGCGGGCUGUUCAUCCAGGCCAUCCAGUCCCGCUGCGAGAACCUGUCCACCCCCACCACGCUGAAGAAGACCCUGCAGUGUCUGGAGGGGAUCCACCUCAGCCAGUCGGGGGCGCUGCUGAUCCUGUACGUGGACAAGCUGAUCAGCACGCCCUUCCGCGUGCUCGCCCGCAUGGUCGACACCCUGGCCUGCCGCAGGGUCGAGAUGCUGCUGGCGGAGACGCUGCAGAACAGCAUAGCCCAGCUACCCCUGGAUGAGCUGGACAGGAUUCAGGAGUACCUCCAGACCAGUGGCUUAGCUCAGAGGCACCAGAGACUCUUCUCCCUGCUGGACCGCUUCAGGGCCACCGUAGCCGAGGACUCGAACGCCCCGCCCCCUCCUGUGACCUCACACCCCCUGGACGGGGCUCCGCCCCCUGCCCUAGAGAGCAUCACUGCAGACAAGGACUGGUACGUUGCGCUGGUGAGGUCACAGUGCUGUCAGACCACAGACUCCGCCCUCCUGGAGUCCACUGAGCUGCUGACCAAAGUGCCGCAGGACGACCUGUCCUCCAUCAUGGCCUGCAAGGAGUUUAACGUGAACCUGCUGGCCCCCUGUUUGAGUAUGGGGGUGCAGCGUCUGUCCCGGGACCAGGGUGACGUGCUCCUGCUGGCCGCCCUGCAGGUUACCAUGGAGAGGCUGUCCGUCACGGUGGGGGGGCUCCCUGCCCCGCACCAGGCCUUCCCCCCGCCCCCCGGCACCCCCCCCGCCAACUCCUACUGGGAGAAACUCAACCACGUCUACGGAGAGCCGGGUUUCUACCCCACGGUGCUGAGCCUCUGCAGGGCCCUGAAUCAGUACCUCCUGUCCCUGCCCAAGCUGCCCGCCCCCCUGCACAUCCACGCCGACACCGUGCCCCUGGUCUGCAGCUUCACCAGGCUGGUCCUGGAGCUGGUGUCGUGGCGCGUGCUGCAGGACCAGGUGCCCCUGAGCGUGGACCUGCUGACGGCCCUGUCCUGCUGCUGCCUGGCCCUGCAGCAGCCCCCCGUCUGGAGCCUGCUGGCCUCGGCCGCCAGCGUCUCCCAGGCCUGCUCCACCAUCCGCUGCGUCCGGCUGCUCAUACAAGCAGUGGCUGUAGAGCCAGGAGAGGAGCUCCUCAGGCCGGAGAGGAGGAGGACGUCCUCAGAGAGAGCUGCAGAGCAGGACCAGGUGGACUCGGCCUCCACAGACAACGUGUGCGCGCAGAAGGCCUGCUCCAUCAUGGCGGAGCUGGUGGAGGCCCUGCAGAGCACCCUGUCUCUGGGACACCCCCGAAACAGCCGGAUCCCCGCCUUCCUCACCCCCACCCUCCGCAACAUCACCAUCAGCCUGGCACGCCUGCCCCUGGUCAACAGCUACACCCGGGUCCCGCCACUGGUCUGGAAGCUGGGCUGGUCCCCCAGGCCAGGCGGAGAGCUGGGCACGGCGCUCCCAGAGAUACCCGUGGAAUUCCUGCAGGAGAAGGACGUCUUCCGGGAGUUUCUGUACCGCUUCAACACUCUGGGGUGGAGCAGCCGCACACAGUUUGAGGAGACCUGGGCCACGCUGCUGGGGGUGCUGGUCACUCAGCCCAUCGCCAUGGACCAGGAGGAGGAGAGCCACCAGGAGGAGGACCUGGAGAGGACGCAGAUCAACGUGCUCGCGGUCCAGGCCAUCACGUCGCUCGUGCUGAGCUCCAUGACGCUGCCCAUGGCGGGAAACCCCGCCGUCAGCUGCCCUGAGCAGCAGCCCCGCAACAAGACCCUGAAAGCCCUGGACACCCGGUUCGGGAGGAAGCUGAGCGUGAUCAGAGGCACAGUGGAGUGGGAGAUCCAGGCCAUGGUGUCCAAGAGGGACAAUGUCCCCACACACUUCCCCUACCAGGCCUGGGACCCCGUGCCUGCCCUCUCUGCCUCUUCCAUAGGAACCCUGAUCAGCCAUGAGAAACUCCUCCUUCAGAUCAACACAGAGCGUGAGAUGGGGAACAUGGACUACAAACUGGGCCAGGUGUCCAUCCACUCUGUGUGGCUGGGGAACAACAUCACCCCCCUGAGGGAGGAAGAAUGGGGCGAGGAUGAGGAAGAUGAGACCGACGUCCCCGCGCCGACCUCGCCCCCCGUCUCUCCCAUUAACUCCCGGAAACACCGUGCCGGAGUGGACAUCCACUCCUGCUCCCAGUUCCUGCUGGAGCUGUACAGCCAGUGGAUCCUGCCCGGGUCCUCCAGCAGGAAGACCCCCGUCAUCCUCAUCAGCGAGGUGGUGCGCUCGCUCCUAGCCGUGUCGGACCUGUUCACGGAGCGGACCCAGUUUGAGAUGAUGUUCAGCACACUGUCGGAGCUGCAGAAGGCUCACCCCCCUGAGGACGAGAUCCUGAACCAGUACCUGGUGCCGGCCAUCUGCAAGGCAGCCGCGGUCCUGGGCAUGGAUAAGGUGACGGCGGAGCCCGUGUCUCGGCUCCUGGAGACCACGCUGCGCAGCACUCACAUCCCCAGCCGCAUCGGGGCGCUGCACGGCGUGCUGUACGUGCUGGAGUGUGACCUGCUGGACGACACCGCCAAGCAGCUCAUCCCCACCGUCAGCGACUACCUGCUGUCCAACCUGCGCUGUGUGUCCCACUGUGUGAACCUGCAUAAUCAGCAGCACGUUCUGGUGAUGUGCGCAGCCGCCUUCUACAUGAUGGAGAACUACCCGCUGGACGUGGGGUCAGAGUUCACCACCGGCAUCAUCCAGACGUGUGGUGUGAUGCUGUCGGCGAGUGAGGAGGCCACUCCCUCGGUGGUGUACCACUGCGUGCUGCGGGGUCUGGAGCGCCUCCUGCUGUCCGAGCAGCUCUCCCGGCUGGACGGGGAGGCCCUGGUGAAGCUGAGCGUGGACCGGGUCAACAUGCCCAGCCCCCACAGAGCCAUGGCUGCCCUGGGCCUCAUGCUCACCUGCAUGUACACAGGUAAAGAGAAGUGCAGUCCAGGCCGGGGAGACUCCGAGCUCACGGCCCCUGACAGUGAGUCUGUGAUCGUGGCCAUGGAGAGGGUCUCUGUGCUGUUCGACAGGAUCAGGAAGGGCUUCCCGUUCGAGGCGCGCGUGGUGUCGCGGAUCUUGCCCCAGUUCCUGGACGACUUCUUCCCCCCGCAGGACGUGAUGAACAAGGUCAUCGGGGAGUUCCUGUCCAACCAGCAGCCCUACCCCCAGUUCAUGGCCACCGUGGUCUACAAGGUGUUCCAGACACUGCACGCCACGGGGCAGUCCUCCAUGGUGCGGGACUGGGUCCUGCUCUCCCUCUCCAACUUCACCCAGCGGACCCCCGUGGCCAUGGCCAUGUGGAGCCUGUCCUGCUUCUUCGUCAGCGCCUCCACCAGCCAGUGGAUCUCAGCCCUACUGCCUCACGUGAUCAGCCGCAUGGGGAAGUCGGACCUGGUGGACGUGCACCUGUUCUGCCUGGUGGCCGUGGACUUCUACACGCACCAGAUCGACGAGGAGCUGGACCGCCGCGCCUUCCAGUCCGUGUUCGAGGUGGUGGCCUCACCUGGGAGCCCCUACCACUGCCUGCUGAGCUGCCUGCGGACCAUACACCCCGUCACCUCCUUCUGAGAGA